AUGUCCAUCUAUCUAUCUUUGUCUAUUCAGAUCUAUCUCUAUUCAGAUCUAUCUCUAUUCAGAUCGAUCUAUCUAUCUCUAUUCAGAUUUAUCUAUCUCUAUUCAGAUCUAUCUAUCUAUCUCUGUCUCUUCAGUAUCUAUCUAUCUCUGUCUCUUCAGUAUCUAUCUAUCUAUCUUUGUCUGUUCAUAUCUAUCUAUCUAUCUUUAUCUAUCUAUUUAAUAUAUGUCUGUUCAGAAGUAUCUAUCUCGGCCUGUUCAUCUAUCUAUCUAUCCUGGUAUACCCUUCUCUUUUUCUUUUCCUUUUUCCUUCUCUUUUUCUUUUUCCUUCUCUUUUUCUUUUCCCUUCUCUUUUUCUUUUCCCUUCUCAUUCUUUUUUUCUUUUUCCUUCUCAUUCUCUUUUUCCUUUUCCUUCUCUUUUCCUUUUCCUUUUUCCUUCUCACUCUCUUUUUCUUCUCCCUUCUCAUUCACUUUUUCUUUUUCCUUCUCAUUCUCUUUUUCCUUCUCUUUCCUCACUUCAUUUUCCUCCUAUCUUUCUUUUCAAUUCUUCCCUUUCCUUGUCUUCUCCGUGUCGCCUAUUUUUUUUCUCUUCUUUUCCUUUUGUGUGUGUAUGUGUCUCCGUGCGUGAUUAAAACUCUCUCUCUCUCUCUCUCUCUCUCUCUCUCUCUCUCUCUCUCUCUCUCUGUUAAACGGCACUAUUGUCACAAUCGUCGGGGAGAUUCGUACUCACGUCUCAGGUAA